AUGGGCUACUUGAGCAAGCGAUACCGUGAUUUUGGUCUCUUACCAGCGAUGGCUUCAAUUUGUGGAUCUUUCACAAUUCAUGCGACUUUGGUGGUACUCUUCACUCCACCCGAAGCCUCUAUGAAGCCGACUAUUGACGUUGUCGUGGCCGUGUACCUUUUGAAAGGUCAGCCAUCAGCUGAUGAUGAGUGUGCUUAUUUGGGAAUCGACGAUGGCUGGUGGUUUGGCGGAAGUUGUGGAGGAACGAGUCCCUACUUUUGUCAACUUUCCGCAGCGGCAAAUGGGUUUGCAGUUAAAGUGCUUCGAUCAUUGCCACCGAAUUGUGACACAGGAUGCGGUGGUGGAUUGUGGAUGGCCGGAUAUGAAGCCAUCGACACAAAUCAAGUGUAUCCAGCAUACGUUUGCAAGUCAUCGCCUUUGUGU